AUGAGUGAACUCAAGACGUCUACGCCCCCUCACGCCGACAAUGCCUCGAGCAGUGGGGUUUCAUACUCCAAACCCAUGAACGGCACUUCUGUUCGUCCCGACACUUCUUCCACGACCCCUGAGAGCUCCAAGGGUAGUAAGGGAAAGAGAAGAAGUAAAUACCGGCAUGUCGCAGCGUAUCAUUCGGAGUUGCGACACUCCAGUCUGAGUCGCGAUUCCGAUGCCUCGACCAGCUUCCUAGGGUUCCGGAAUCUCAUGGUCAUCGUUCUAGUGGCGAUGAACCUUCGAUUGAUUAUUGAAAACUUCAUGAAAUACGGGGUUCUCAUUUGUAUCAAAUGCCACGAUUACCGAAAACAGGAUGUCGUGCUGGGUACUAUGCUCUUCUCUCUUGUCCCGUGCCAAUUGUUCAUCGCCUACAUUCUUGAAUUAGCUGCCGCUGGACGAGCUAAGCAGACCGUCGGACGAAAGAAGAAAGACGGGUCAACCGAUGGAGACGAGCGGAACCAGCGCGCGUUUCGCACCAUCUGGCGAUUUGCAUUGUUCUUCCAUAUCGUGAACGCCCUACUUAAUCUCGCCGUGACCAGCUUUGUCGUCUACUACUACAUCCAUCAUCCCGGAAUCGGCACCGUCUGCGAAGUCCACGCGCUCAUCGUUGCGCUCAAAAAUUGGUCCUAUGCCUUCACCAACCGCGACCUCCGCGAGGCGAUGCUCCAUCCGUCAGCGGAGUCGGCCAUCCCCGAAUUAUACUCGUCCCUUCCCUAUCCCAGGAACAUCAGCCUGGGGAACCUGACCUACUUCUGGCUCGCGCCGACAUUGGUCUACCAGCCGGUCUAUCCCCGAUCGCCGCGCAUCCGCUGGUCCUUUGUCGCCAAACGUAUGUUCGAAUUCGUCGGUCUCUCCAUGUUUAUCUGGCUUCUCUCCGCUCAGUAUGCCGCCCCGGUGCUCCGAAACUCGAUUGAAAAGAUCGCUGUGAUGGAUAUCGCGUCAAUUCUGGAGCGGGUAAUGAAACUGUCUACAAUCUCUCUCGUCAUCUGGCUUGCCGGGUUCUUCGCCCUUUUCCAGUCGUUCUUGAAUGCAUUGGCCGAGAUCAUGCGAUUUGGCGACCGCGAAUUCUACACGGAUUGGUGGAACAGCUCGAGUCUUGGUGCUUACUGGCGGUCGUGGAACCGGCCCGUGUAUCUUUUCAUGAAGCGGCAUGUGUUUUCUCCCAUGGUUGGAAGGGGGUACAGUCCCUUUGCGGCGAGUGUGGUUGUCUUUACGCUCUCCGCUCUUUUGCAUGAACUACUUGUGGGCAUACCCACCCACAAUGUCAUUGGCGUCGCACUUGCCGGGAUGUUGUUUCAGCUGCCGCUGAUCGCCAUCACCGCUCCAAUGGAGAAGAUGAAGGAUCCACUGGGUAAGGUUAUCGGGAACUCCAUCUUCUGGGUGAGCUUCUGUCUUGUAGGGCAGCCUCUGGGGGCACUGCUGUACUUCUUUGCCUGGCAAGCGAAAUACGGCAGUCAUACAAUCCACCCACCGUCUUAUAUCUUCCACAGCGCUAUCAUAGCUUUCACAAUGGUUACUACUCUGACCGUCCCCGACAACUAUGGCGCCGCCAUUGCCGUUGCCCUCGGUGCCAUCCCUAUCAUGGGCUUCGUUCACGGCAACGUGGUCACCAGCCUUCGGAAGCUGGCAAAGGUGCCGUACCCGCACACUUACGCGACCGUGGAGCAAUGCAAGGAGAAUCUAACCUCCUCCCCCACCCACCAGCCCAAAGCCGAACAAUUCAACUGCGCCCAACGCGCGCACUCGAAUUUCCUAGAGAACGCAACGCAAGCCAUGUUCUUCAUCUUGGUCGCAGGACUGAAAUACCCUCAGCUGUCGACGGCCCUGGGCGCCGCGUGGACGGUCUCCCGCGGACUCUUCCUCUACGGAUACGUCUACUCGGGUAAACCGCAGGGUCAGGGACGGUACUUGGGGUCGUGGUUCUGGCCUUUGCAGGGCAUUCUCUGGGGACUGACUGUUUUUGGAGUGGCGAAGGAUUUGAUUUCUUGUAUUACUUACCUAUUGGGAUGGCUGCUUCGGUUGCGAUUAAAAUGGUGGGUUGAGUAUUGGUUAUAUCUAAACAUCCUCAUCUCCACACCCCGCAUUACCCCUCCAUCCGAUAUCGACAUGUCUUCCAAGUCGCAAUUGACCUACUCCGCGCGGGCUAGCAAGCACCCCAAUGCGCUGGCCAAGAAGCUCUUCGAGGUCGCCGAGGCCAAGAAGUCCAACGUCACAGUGUCCGCCGACGUGACAACCACCAAGGAGUUGUUGGAUCUGGCCGACCGCCUCGGUCCCUACAUCGCCGUCAUUAAAACUCACAUCGAUAUUCUCUCCGACUUCAGCGAAGAAACAAUCACCGGCCUCAAGGCCCUCUCGGAGAAACACAACUUCCUGAUCUUCGAAGACCGCAAAUUCAUCGACAUCGGCAACACCGUCCAGAAACAGUACCACCGCGGAACCCUCCGCAUCUCCGAAUGGGCCCACAUCAUCAACUGCAGCAUCCUGCCGGGCGAGGGCAUCGUCGAGGCCCUGGCCCAGACCGCCGGCGCGUCGGACUUCCCCUACGCCUCCGAGGGCCGCGGGCUGCUCAUCCUCGCUGAAAUGACUUCCAAGGGAUCCUUGGCGACGGGCGCCUACACUACCGCCUCGGUCGACUACGCGCGGAAGUACAAGGAGUUCGUGAUGGGGUUCGUGUCGACGAGGGCGUUGGGCGAGGUGAAGUCGGAGAAUAGCGGGCCGGUGGACGGUGAGGAUUUCGUGGUCUUCACGACGGGCGUGAACCUUUCGUCGAAGGGGGAUAAGCUGGGACAGCAGUAUCAGACUCCUGAGUCGGCCGUUGGUCGGGGGGCGGAUUUCAUCAUCGCGGGUCGGGGUAUCUACGCGGCGGCGGAUCCGGUCGAGGCGGCGAAGCGUUAUCAGGAGGAGGGGUGGAAGGCGUACUUGGCGCGCGUUGGGGGAAAUUAG